GUGGAAUAAACAGAAGAAAAUUAUUUUCAGGUUAGUCAUUAGAAAAACAACAAACAAAAAACUUGAAAGGAGACCAAGGAUUCAAGGAAUAAUAUUAAUAACAUCCAGAAUGCCAAAAGUAGUAUCUCGAAGUAUAGCUUGCUCAGAUACAAAAGAUCAAGAGGAAUAUGGGGAUGAGAAACCUUUACACAUCUACUAUUGUCUUUGUGGUCAAAUGACAUUGAUUCUAGAUUGUUCCAUAGAAAAAUUGCCUCUUCGUAAAAGAGAUGGUGCCAGAGUUUUAGAUGGGAUUAACCAUGCACACAAAAUCACAGCAGAUACAGAUGAAACAGUCUACAUCAAACGUCCAGAAGGUAUUGAGAGACAGUAUCGACAAAAGUGCAAAAAGUGUGGAUUACUGUUGUACUACAAACAUGAACCUCAUAAUCAAGUCAGUUUCAUAGUAAGAGGGUCAGUUAUUAAGAGUACAAAUGAAGGACCUAUCAACAAUAUCUAUAACCAAGUUGCUGUGGAAAAGCCAAAAAAAAUAAUGGUUACAAAACAUACAAAGAAUAUGGGAAAAUUCAGUUCUGUUACUGUAUCCACUAUUGAUGAAGAAGAAGAUGAAAUUGAGGCUAGGGAAGUUGCUGAUAGCUAUGCUAAUAAUGCUAGAAUAAUAGAAAAACAGUUAGAAAGGAAGGGUAUGAACAAAAGAAAACUAGACCAAAGUAAAUUACAAGAUAUCAAAAAAGUAAGAGGAACACUAAUAGAUAAAUGAGGUGAUGUGAUUUUGUUAGGUGAAUAAAUCAAUUAUAAUAGAUUAAUAAAAUGUAUCCAAUAUCAUAACAAACUUGAAUUUGAUUUAUAUCCAACCAUAUAUAACUAAAACAUAUCUACUUUUAAAUAUAUCUAAUGUAAGAGUUAGAUUUGAGAAGUUUUGUUCUCAGCUCUGCAGUGAUGAGUCACCCUUAAUUUCAUGUAAUCAUCACUUCUGGAUUGUAUGACCUACAAAUACAUACAAUUUCCUGCAAAAUAAUCAAUCCACUCAAGAUAUUUGACUUUUUUAAAUUCAAGUCUGGUUUGAUUAUUUAAAUAAAGGUAUUUGAAUUAUCUGAUGAAGUUUGUUAAUCUGUGGCCAGAGGUCGACACAGUAUACCUCCUCGCACUAGGUCACCUACUAGGUUUUCAUUUAGAUCGACAAUGGACAGGGUGACAAGUUAUUUACCCUAGCUCCAUAGCUGCCUUAAUUUCUCAUUUCAACCUCUGAGGCUCUGAGGGACUUUAAUGUGGUCAUGGUCACAGUUAGGAAUGUUAAGAUCGAGGAUCCUUCAGUUAGGUUAGGGCAUGGUGGAAUUAGUUUAGGGGUUCCUUGAUGCAAACUGACGUGUUUCGUGUUUCAUUUCAGUAUUUGUGGACAGAUCCUCGUCACCUCUCAGUCUGAACUCUGAAGUGUUUGUGAAACCAUUGUCGUUCUAGAUGACAACUUAGUUAGGUACUUAGGUAGUUAGUACGCAAAAAUACCUCCUCGCUAAGAUGGCUACAAGGACCUCGCACUAGGUCGCCUACUAGGUUUUCAUUUAGAAACAAAAAACACUAGAUUUCUGGCAUCCGCAUUUGUUGUUUUUUAGGUUAUAUUGAGGACAAUGGCGUAUCAUACGAAAUUUUCACAUGGAAAAUUCUAUAAUUUUUUAGUUUUUCAUUUUUUUUAACAAAUGGGGCUUGUUAAUUGUUCAACUUUGAAUUUUUCAUUUUUUAUAACUGUUGGUACGCCUAUGUGUGGGCAUCUGAAUUCUUGCCGCUGGAUAGAGCCUAUUUUGUUCGAAAGUCACCCUCACACAGUUUGUUUGUAACCACACAGGGAUGCGCACGGUCGCUCCAGUAUAAUAAAACUACUCGUUACAUUCAUUCUGCCUUUGAUUCACACAAGUUGUAUUUAUUCAUUCAAAUCAGUGGAAAUCAGUCACCGAGACUGGUCGAUUUAAUCAACGCGGACAUUUGUCCCAAAAAUACAUGGUCCAUCGAGCUGGGAUCGAGCAUCAUCCAGAAACUCAAGAAAGAACGAACGCCGGCCAUAACAGCCGCAAAAACCGUUGGAUACGCGCGAGACUCGCUAGAGCGAGCGCUGUUAGAGCCGAGAGUUUGCCGCUCAGCAGCCGCCUAGCAACAGCAAGGACGUUCAAGAAGCCGG